AUGAUAUGUACCCUUCGGCAUGCGAAGGGUACAUAUCAUGUGGCCCAGUCAGUUAAGGAGCUAAAUGGUAACUUCAUUUGUGGACGCUGCCAUGAAACUGAACCAAAUGCUGUUUCGCAACUUUGCUACGAACGGAUGAUGUCAAAUUUUACAUUUCCAUGUCGGUACGACAAGGAAGGGUGCACUGAUCGCCUUCGUUUCAAUUCGAGUUUGGAGCAUGAACGAAAAUGUCAGUAUCGCCCAAUAGUUUGCCCUUCAGUACUAAAAAAAGCGUGCACUCAGUCUAUUCCUGCUUGCCAGUUGUACACCCACUUUAUAGAGGCCCACAAAGACUUAAUCAGCAAUGAUGGUCAAUUUAAAAUUCAUUUAGACGAGAAGACAAGGUACAAUGCCCUAAUGCUUCACGACGACAACACAGUUGUGGUAAAAUAUUUGUAUGACGACGUUGAAAGACGUUUGCACUUGGAAGUUGCCUAUGUAUCCAGUGAUGAAGACUCUCUCUAUUACCAACUCCAGCUCAUAAACGGGACAAAUUACGAUAAUAGUUUGAGCCUUUCUCAGCAAGCCUGUACAUUAUACGAGACCCAAGGAAUCACUUCGACAAACUGUGCGGUUAUCGACCUGGAGAUGUACUUAGCUGUUCUGGAAAAUCCCCCAUCAUUAAUUCUGAAAAUAUCACUUACGUCUCUUGUGGAGUACUCGACAAGGAGUGGUUCUGAAAUGCAAACUCUUCAAUUAAAGGCUCUUAGAAGCGUUUGCAAUUUCAUCGGGUAAAUCGGAUAGCAGUUCAGUAGAAUCCAUUGCAA